AUGCCUUCUCCGAUAUUGCUUCACGAAGAUUAUAUCUCCGAGCCUAACUACGAGGCCGGUGACAGUGAAUCGGCACAUCUUUCUGAACCCACUAUAAAAAGAAAAACGUCAAGAAUAUCUAUAGUGGCACAUGGUUUGAUUCCGGUUGACCUUCUUACAAAAGCCAGUCCCACAGCAAGCAUUAACAUGGAUAAUGUUCAAGAUGUCGCAUUUUCAAACCGAGAAUCAUCUGAAAGUAUGGCCAGCAGAUCUGCCAAUUCGUCUUCAUUAAGUGCAUCUGUGACCCCGCAUAUUCGGCUUCACGAUGAGGCUGAUGGCAAUGAAAUCAAUACUAUGAGUCUCGAUAAGAGUACUGAUGGCCCGGACAGCUUUCUUAGUAAUGGUAGUCUUAGUCGUGUCCUUUCUCCACUGGUAAAUGAUACUCGUUCGAACUACAAUAUGGCUGCUCCCAGCAUAUUCAGUGAAGGAAUUGAUAGCAGAGACGGCAGUGCCAAUGUAUUAGAUCAGUCAUCGUUAGCCGACUUAGGCUUUAAGAUUGAGAACACUGACACUAGCAGUGAUGAAGAAUUGUUCUUUUCCAGACGAAAGCACUUUUUCAUUCUCUCCUGCGCUGGUAAACCAAUAUAUUCUAUGCACGGAUCUGAAGACAUCAUUACUGUGUAUGCAGGCCUCAUUCAGACGAUUAUUUCAUUCUUUGAGUAUGGAUCUGAUGGUUUCUCUGAAACUUUGAAGUCUGUAGUUGCUGAUGGUCCUCAAAAAGGCCAGCAGAUCAGAUUUCUUUUCCUCAAUAAAUCUCCUAUCCUACUCAUGGCAUGUUCCACUCUGGGUGAAUCUGAUACUCAGCUUAAUCAGCAGUUGGACUUUCUCUACAAUUUUCUACUCGCCACUUUAAGCAAGCCGCAUAUUGAUAAAGUGUUUCAGAGACGAGAGAAUUUUGAUCUUCGAAAUGUUCUUGGAAAGACCGACAUUGCUUGCCUCGACGCAAUAUGCAAUGAUCUAGCAAACUUCAACAAUUCAGGGUUGAUACUGGGAGGAUUGGAAUGUCUUCGAUUACAUAAGACCACUAGAAAUAAGAUCGAUGAUAUUCUACUCAAGAACAAAACGGAAAGCUUACUUUAUGGCCUGCUUGUAGCCCCUGGAGGCAGGUUGGUGAGCGUCUUGAGACCCAAAAGACAUACUCUUCACACAUCAGACAUGCAACUUUUAUUCUCCAUGAUAUUCAAUACAAAUACGUUUAAAAGUUCAGUUAGUGGAAUUGAUAGGACUGAUGAUGGAAUUAGCAACGGGAACAGUACCGAAAACCUGACAUUAUCGCACAAUGAAGAUUUUUGGGUCCCUGUGUGCCUUCCAAAGUUCAAUCCCAAUGGAUUUUUGUAUGCGUUCAUUCAGUUCGUGGAAUUGAAAGAUGAAAGGCUUAUGAAGUUGCAUGAUUUGAAUCUAGGGAUACUUGAUGAAGCUGAAGAGCAAGAUGUGCCUACUCAGUUGACGAUUAUUAUGAUAAGUGCAUCCAAAGAGACAUUUUUUGAAAUGCGCAAAGCUUCUAAUAUUAUUGUGCAAGACUUGAAACUGAGUCGAGCGGUUUACAGAGAACUUUAUAAAUCUAUUGUGGGAACCCAGGGCGCAGAUGGUAGUACUGGGUUACCCAGCGGUAGGGUUUCGCCGAUUGAUAUUCCUGCUCCCUUGGUUAAGCACUUUGUGUUCAAGAGUAAAAGAUACACGCAAUAUGUUUAUUCAAGACUUCAAGGAAAUAAGGAGGAGUUGAAAUUAGAGGAUAAUAAACAACUAAAGGGGCAGUUAAUGAUGAUAUAUGCAUAUUUGCAAUCAAAGCGUUCUAGCAGUGUUAGAAUAGGAGGAGCCAACAUUGGUUUGAAUGACGAUGCCCAGGAGGAUUCGGCUAUAGAUUUCCUGAGAGAGAAUUAUAUGGAUAUGAUUAAAUGGAAAGCUGGUACGGACUUUCUCACUGGUAUUCUCAUAACGACCCCUGCUUAUGAGGUAUUUUUAAUCAACAAUGGAGGCAUUGUUAACAAAAAGAUCAUAGUUGAUUCAUGCAAGAGAAUCAUUCGGUGGUGUCGGCGAAAUGAGGGAAGAUUGUUCAUUAAGAGUGGCGCGGUCUUCUAG